UCCAAAAAUAUCCGGCGCGUAUAUUUUUCGCUAUUUACAAUUGACUUCGUCGAGUUCCACGUUUGUAAGAUGGCGACAAGGAAUAUGGUUCCACGGCUUCUCUUGUUCCUGUCCUUUCUGAACCUUUGCUCUGGAUUCUAUGUACCAGGAGUGGCUCCCAAGGAGUUUAAGAAAAAUGACCUUGUAGAGGUCAGGGCAGUAAAGAUGACCAGCACCAAGACUCAGCUUCCAUAUGAAUAUUAUUCACUCAGAUUCUGUGAGCCAAAGGGAGGAAAAGAAUAUAAAGUGGAAAAUUUGGGUGAAGUAUUGAGAGGAGACAGGAUUGUUAAUACUCCAUACGAGAUUAAGAUGGCUACAAAUAUGGCAUGUAAAGUUUUGUGUGACAAAAUCAAGCUCACUGCCAAGGAAUCAGCAUUGAUGGCAGAAAGAAUUAAAAAGAACUACUAUGUUCAUCUGAUUGUGGAUAAUUUACCCUGUGCUACACAGUUCAAGAUGAUGGACUCAGAUGAAGUCCAGUAUGAGCAUGGUUAUAAACUUGGAUUUGUUAAAGACGGAAAAGUUUAUCUAAACAACCACUUAAAGAUGCAUCUAAAAUAUCACACUGAUGACAAUGAAGACUAUAGGGUUGUGGGAUUUGAAGUCGAGGCCAAAAGUGUUCAGUAUGGAGAGUUAAACAAAGAUACUGACGGAAGAUGUGACUACAAAAACAAGAAACAUGGGAGUGUUGUUCAGCUUCAGGAACUGAAAGAAGGUGAAAACGAGAUUCUCUAUACAUAUGACGUCACCUGGGAGAACAGUGAUAUCCGCUGGGCGUCGAGAUGGGAUAUCUACCUGGCCAUGAGUGACGUACAGAUUCACUGGUUCUCUAUCAUCAACUCAGUUGUGGUUGUCAUAUUUCUGUCAGGUAUAUUAACCAUGAUUAUGGUCAGAACUUUGAGAAAGGAUAUUGCUCGAUACAACAGAGAUGAUGAUAUAGAAGAGACUUUGGAGGAGACGGGUUGGAAAUUGGUUCAUGGUGAUGUCUUCAGACCCCCAAAGUACACCCGCACUCUAGCCUCUCUACUGGGAGCAGGGAUGCAGAUAUUCUGCAUGGCUCUAAUCACAAUAUUCUUUGCCAUGUUAGGAAUGUUGUCUCCCGCCUCUAGAGGAGCUCUGAUGACUGCAGCUAUCUUCCUCUUUGUUUUCAUGGGAAUCUUUGCUGGAUUUGUAUCUGGUAGAAUUUACAAGACAAUGAAAGGACAGCAGUGGAAAAAAGCUGCUUUCCAGACAGCUACUCUAUAUCCCGGUGUUAUGUUUGGAACAGUGUUUGUCCUCAACUUCUUUAUCUGGGGAAAACAUUCAUCUGGUGCACUGCCGUUUACCACAAUGUUAGCAUUGCUAUGUAUGUGGUUUGGUAUCUCUGUACCGCUUGUAUUCCUUGGGUAUUACUUUGGAUACAGAAAACAGCCCUAUGAACACCCUGUUAGAACAAAUCAAAUACCAAGACAGGUGCCUGAACAGAUGUGGUACAUGAGUCCAGUUCUAGGGGUCAUCAUGUCUGGCAUCUUGCCUUUUGGAGCAAUGUUUAUAGAAUUGUUCUUUGUUUUUACUGCAAUUUGGGAGAACCAGUUUUAUUAUUUGUUUGGUUUCCUCUUCCUUGUGUUCAUCAUUCUGGUCAUCUCUGUAUCCCAGAUCUCCAUUGUGAUGGUCUACUUCCAGUUGUGUGGGGAGGAUUAUCACUGGUGGUGGAGGUCUUUUAUUGUGUCUGGAGGAUCUGCAGUCUAUGUAUUUGCGUACUCAAUAUUUUACUUUGUAACAAAGUUGGAGAUCACAGAAUUCAUUCCCACCCUAUUGUAUUUUGGCUACACUCUGUUGAUGGUCUUCACCUUCUGGAUACUAACGGGGACCAUUGGAUUCUACGCCGCCUAUUUCUUCAUCCGAAAAAUUUACGGGGCUAUCAAAAUAGACUGAUUUUUACUUGUGCUUAGUUUAAAUUAUUUUAAAUUGUGGUAUAAGUUGAAUUGCUCUCACUUGGUAUAGAAAAUAAACACAUACAUGACAAGCUCCACAACUGUCUUGAACAAGAAUUAUGUAAGGACAGUAAGUAAAGACAGGAAAUACUGCACAACACUAUAUAACAGAAACAACGGAAAUGUGACAUGUUUCAUCAUUAAAGAUAAAUAGAGAGUGUGAUAUCAUAUUACAUAUAUGCCUAUAAGCAUGUUAUUCUAUUUGUUUAUUUGUACACAAAUAAUUAUUUUUGUUUAUAAGUUUCUGGAACUUAGUUCAAUUUUCAUUGAGUUCGUGUGUGUAUAUAAAUUCCAAACACAUUAUAUGGGUUUGGAUAAGAGGGAAAAUAUUUAUCAUUGUUGCAUCUUAAUACAAUUUUUAAAGGUAACACAUGAUUCAUUCAAUCAGAUGAAAGUUAUUUUCAUUUUAUUGAGUGUUCAUUUAUUUGGGGAGAUCAGCAUUAUUGCGAAGUAUGAAUGUGUUUCAAGUUUUCAUAUGUUGGAGAAUGUGUGAGAAGUAUUUGUUUCCAUUGCAGAAAUGACUUGAAUAGUAAGACAUGAUAUUUAUUGUAAAUCAUUGUGAUGAUAGUGAGAAUGGUAUUUAUAUCAAUGAACUCUUUCUUGUAUGCAGUGAUGUGAUCUGUACAUUAUACUUUUUUAAAAAAAUGUUAAUCAUAACCUCUUGAGUACAAUCUGUAAAAAAUAAAUAAAUAAAUAAAAAAAAUUUUUUUUUCUUUUCCCAUAAAUAAAAUGAAUUCAUGUUCUUUCAAUCCUUUGUUGAUAUUUCUUUUUAACUAGUUAAUUUUUUUUUUUAUUUUCCUUCAAAUGCAUGACAUUGUAGUCACAAUAAACAAUAUUUAAAAUAAACCUUUAGGUUACAACUUAUUUGUACAUUCCAUAAUUUUAAUUUAAUCUCACAUUAAUCACAUUAAUUAAUACAGUAAUGGAGAAAGUCCUUUGCUCUAUAACAGAAUAUUCACCAUUGUGAUUUUGAAUAGGCACAGCUAUUGAACUCUGUGAGAAUUUAUGGAUUUUUGAUAUUCAUGUAUGAAAGAAAGAUAAAUUCUGUGAAUGCUCUUUGUUGAAGUGCUGUACAUAAAGUUUGACUGUAUUACAUGUAAUGAGACCAGAAUCUGACAAGUCAGUCUAACAUAAAUAUAUAUAUAAUAGUAAUUGUAUUAUUUACUUACCAUGUUUAGUGAAUGAGUGUUAAUGCUUUCAUUUAUCAUAUGAAAUAAAUGAUUGUAAAUAAAAGAU